GGUCCCAAUGAUUAAAUUUGCAAUCUUUCCUAUCUCUGCAACUCCUCUUCUGACAGAUUUGGAUGAGAAGAAAUUGUGAAAUUCAGUUGUUUUGCUCAUAUUCCUUUGAUCUCUAUUAACUCCAUUAAAUUAUUAGUAAUUUUGGAUCCGUAGUCUCUGGGUUUUGUCGAUACUAUCCUUGUCCUGGAUCGAGAAAUUGAGUGAAAAAAUGGUGGUUGAGAAAGAUGAAGCGAGCUCCUCGUCUCAUGUCCUUAACCAACCCAGAGAAGAAACCCCACUCCUCUCCAGGAAUCAAAAGCAUCUCUCUUCCCAAACCAAGACAUUUGCCAAUAUUUUCAUUGCCGUAGUUGGGGCAGGUGUUCUGGGCCUCCCUUACGCCUUCAAGCGAACAGGAUGGGUCAUGGGGGCUCUCACGCUCUCCGUUGUGGCAUUUUGUACCUAUUACUGUAUGAUGCUUCUAGUCUACACAAGGAGGAAGCUUGAAACCCAUCCCAAAUCUCCCAAAAUCUCGUCUUUUGGUGAUUUAGGGUUUGCUGUGUGUGGGCCUGUGGGGAGGUUUGCUGUUGAUGCUAUGAUUGUUCUCUCACAAGCUGGGUUUUGUGUAGGAUACACCAUUUUCAUAUCUAAUACUUUAUCAUACCUGUUCAAUCCUGUAUCUCUCACAAACCCUGACCCUAAAGUCUUGGGUGUUUCACCAAAGACUCUGUAUCUGUGGGGGUGUUUCCCAUUCCAAUUGGGGUUGAAUUCAAUCCCUACAUUGACCCAUUUGGCCCCUCUUAGCAUCUUUGCAGAUGUGGUGGAUUUGGGGGCCAUGGGGGUGGUGAUGGUUGAAGAUGUUUUGGUGUAUUUGCAGAACAGGCCUGUUCUGCAUACCUUUCGUGGGUUGAGUGCCUUCUUCUAUGGUUUUGGUGUGGCAGUGUAUGCCUUUGAAGGGAUAGGAAUGGUUUUGCCCCUGGAAUCAGAGAUGAGGGAAAAAUCCAAGUUUGGGACUACCCUUGCCCUCACAAUGGCCUUCAUAUCAUUGAUGUUUGGUGGGUUUGGGGCGUUGGGGUACUUUGCAUUCGGGGAAGAAACGCAGGAGAUCAUCACAACCAAUUUCGGGCAGGGGGUGCUCAACUGCAUAGUCCAAAUCGGGCUGUGCAUCAACCUGUUCUUCACAUUCCCGGCAAUGAUGAACCCGGUUUAUGAAGUGAUGGAGAGGAGGUUGUGUGAAGGGAAGUAUAGCUUGUUGGUGAGAUGGGGAAUGGUGUUGGGUGUGAGCUUGGUGGCAUUGUUGGUGCCUAACUUUGCCGAUUUCCUGUCACUCGUGGGGAGCAGUGUGUGUGUGGUUUUAGGAUUUGUGUUGCCUGCAAUGUUUCACCUGAUUGUGCACAAGGAAGAAUUGGGGGUUCUUGGUUUUGCUUGUGAUGGGGUAAUCAUUGUUUUUGGCAUAGUUUUUGCUGUCUAUGGAACCUGGUCUUCCCUGGUGGUUAUCUUUGGACCUAGUGCUUAAAUGCUUAAUAGCACACAUACACACACACACACUCUCUCUCUCUCUCUCUAUCGGAGAGAGUAAUACAGUAAUAGACAACUCCUUUUGCUCCAGUUUUCUUGCCUUCAAUUUUAUGUUUAAUAUAAUUUGGAAAUGUAUAAAAGCAGGUGUCUCCUUUUCUUGGCAUAAAAUACUGUAAACUCUGUGUAUGGAGUUA